AUGGAAGGACCACUGGGCUCGCCCCUCGAUGGAUACUUCUCACCCUUUAGCCUUGAUGAACCAUCCGAGAAACUCUUUAAACGAAACGGUAGCCUCGAAACAAUUGCUCCGAUCAUUAACGUCGCUAAAGAGGCCCUUAAUCAACCGAUCCCGACAAACAAGUGGUGGGGAAAUCUAAUUCACGUCACUGCUACUAACCUAUCCGAAAACUACCCGGUAUGGGCUCAGCCGUACGCAAUGAUGCUGCCGAAAGAACAACCAUAUGGUCUGAUGGCUUACUACCCCUUCACGUAUCGUGAGAUAGCACCGGAGGUUGAUGGCAUCGUUAAAUACUACGAAUAUGACAUCCACAAUGACCUGACGCUCUCAGCACAAGAGUUCAACGUGACGAAGCCCGUGUACGAAAUAUAUUCUUGGGAUGACAUGGGUAUUAACCUCCGAAUUUGUGACCCUAGUACCAAUAAGUGCAUGGAUUCAGCACUUUUGAACGGCAUGGCUUUCAUUUCAGGUAAAUAUGACGGUCUCACCCCACGCAUCGACACGGAACACAACAUCACAUCUGUGGACAACUCGACACCAGGUAAAUAUGUCAUCCACCUCAACAACACCCAGAAGUGGGUGCUGUACGCCAGCGAGAGCAUCUCGUUCCGCGUGGAGGAGUCGGUGAUGUUUUCGGUGGACGAGUCGGGCUCGUCGCUCGUCGCGGACGGAGGGUACCAUGGCACGAUUCGACUAGCAGUACUUCCAGAGGGCGCCGACGACACAGUUUACGAUAAGUACGCACCUUGCUUGGUACGCGGUGGCACUGUUUCGAUGGAGUCGCGCACUGCUUACUCGAUCAACUGGGAUGUUGAAGGGAGCACGUGUGAAUCGGUGGGUCUGCUGCACUUUGCACUACCACACCAAGUAGCCUCGCUGACUGGGUCUCCUACGACAGCUAGUACCCCAGGUGCUAUCGCACUACACUCGUCCACAAGGGGUCUAAUGGUUGCUCAAGUGUCGAACAAAUGGUGUUUUGUGGAGCCUGAGUCGGAGAUCGAGAUCGAUUUCUGGCCAGCUCGGAGGCCGACGCCCAAGGUUGUCGAGGAAUUUGACAUGCUUCGUACGCUGAAAGACGACAUCACCGCCAACUGGUCCAUGAAUGCUUCGACUUGGUACUUUAACGGUAAGUAUUUCCAAAAGUACGCGUCAUUGUGUCUUAUGGCUGCUGACAGCUCGGUGGUGGGUCCGGACACGACGUUGCUGGCUUUUUGUCUGGAGAAGCUAGAGAAGUUGAUCGAGCCGUUGCUGAACAACACCUUGAUUCCCCCUCUUGUUUACGAAACGUUGUACCGAGGGAUUGUGUCCAGAGCAAUUUUUGAUACUGGUGAGUUGUACGUGGACUUUGGCAAUGGAAUCUACAAUGACCACCACUAUCACUACGGAUAUUACGUGACGUCGGCGGCCAUUAUGAAGUACUUGAAUCCGAACUGGAGUCGAAUGCCGGAGCUGGAAGCUCUAGUCUGGUUGAUGCUGCGUGAUGUAGCCAAUCCGAGCCGUAAUGAUUGUUACUUCCCUCGAUUCCGUCAUUUCUCCUGGUUUAAUGGCCUCUCAUAUUCACGUGGCGUCACACUGCUCAACGAGGGUAAGGAUGAGGAAAGUACGUCUGAAGACAUCAACUUUUACUAUGGCAUGACUCUGUGGGGUAAAGUGACUGGUCGCAAGGCAGUGGAGGAUCUAGGAAGUCUGAUGCUGCGCCUGAAUGCGCAUGUCAUCCGUACGUACGUUCUAAUGACUUCGGACAACACCAUUCACCCGCCCGAGAUCGUGGCGAAUCACGUCACUGGUAUUUUCUUCGACAACAAGGUCUUUUACAACACGUGGUUCCUCGAUAAGGUAUAUGCGAUCCAUGGCAUCCAGAUGAUCCCUGUGUGUGUGAUCAGCGAGAUAUAUCGCACGCCGACAUUUGUGAAACAGGAAUGGACCGACAUUUUGUCGAAGGAUGAGAUCGUCACCACGCCGAACAGUAACAACACGUGGUUGUCGUUGUUGUUGGUAAAUGCGGCGAUAUUGGAUCCGAUGAACUCGCUGCGCAAACUGCAGAAUGCGUCCAUGGAUGAUGGUCUGUCUUUGUCGUGGGCGCUGUACAACGCUGCUACUCGUGGCUCUGGACCAGGUGUUGGUACCAAUGCCUGA